UGGGUUUUGUUAUCAGUGCUUCCGGUAGGGUGGCGCGGGGCAAAGUCCAAAGUUGAAAUGCAGCCGGUCACAGCGCUCAGGAGAUCAACGCUUUAACCAGCAUUGACAUGUCUGAAGUGAGCAACCAGAUGCCCACAGACCCCAUCUCUGCAGUUGGAGUAAUCACUGCACCCAGCAAGGCCCCUGAUGGCUACUAUGUUGUUGCACAAACAACAGAUGGCUGUGAUGCCGACCUGUGGAAGGACGGCUUAUUCAAAUCCAAGGUCACUCGCUACCUCUGUUUCACCAGAAAAACUGAGCCUGACGUUGUUGUGGACAUGAAGCUGAUUGACAUUAAGGACGCGUUGCCAGAGGGCUUCACACCUGUGGGAGAAACAUGGGACACAAAGGAAACUGCCAUUAGGAAGAAGAGGCUCUGUGUGAAAAUCAGCCCUCGUGCGGCUGCUGUGACGGCGGUUUAUGACAUCCAGAUCACAGCGAAGUCCAAGUACCAUCUUGUUAACUACACCUGCAUAGGUGAGAUAAACAGUAUGGGGCUAUGGUACCGAAUUGGAGAUGUUUCUCAGCAUCAGUCAUCCCAGGCAACGUCCAGUACAGUGAACAAUGACGCUCCACCCAAAACAGCAAGGGCGAGGACCACGAUCAGGCCGGACUAUGAGCACCAGAGUAGUGGGAACUACACCAUGACAGCUCUUGACGAUGUGCCCUUUGUGAUCUCUGAGAAGUUUCAUGGAGAUCCCAAAGAGAUACAGCAAGUCAAUUUAAUGGGCAUUACGAUCAAAUCCCUGGCAGAGAUCGAGGAGGAAGUGAGUAGAGGCUGCAACGCUCGGCUGACGCUGACGCCGCUGGCCCAGAAUGCAAAGCAAACGGUCUUGGGGUUGUAAUUAAGUGUCUGAGACAGGGAGGCCCUGUUGGCUCCACUAAGCCCCAAUUGAAUAAAAGCAUGGCCAGGCUAGGCAGCCAUUCUCUCUUAAAAGCUUUGUCUCCUGUUCCAAAACACUUGACUUUUAUUCCCCAUUUCUUCUCUCAAACAGCUCAAUCCAGCACCUCGCACAGUGCUGUAGAUCUCUGGGAGAUGUUUUUCUGCGUGUUUUACUGUUUUUUAAAGUUUCCAAUCAGUUUCAUCUUCAGUAGGCAAAAAAAGUUAGAGAUCAUGUAGCAAAGCAAAUAAAAGUGCUACAAAGUUCUCACUCAUUUCUGAUGAAACACUGUAGCCUGCAGGCAUUCAUAGGAAGAAAAUCAUCUGUGUGCUGCCCGGGUGUUUGUCAGAGCAGGAGAAAGAAAGAGUUGGUGCGUGCGUGCGUGCGUGCGUGCGUGCGUGCGUGCGUGCGUGCGUGCGUGCGUGUGCUUUAAAGGGAGUGACAACCCCCCUUCUCUCUCAUUAGCACGGUAUCUUGGUAUCAGAACUGCCAGGAAGUGACAUACCACUGUAAAAGAACAGGUGCUGUUGGGUUUGAGAUGUGUUACAGAGCAAACACUCCCUCAUCAAACCGGGUGUCUGUUCUGCACUCUGCCUCUGUCUUCUGUCACAUACUAUCCAAAUCACACAGAGUCGCCAUCUUGUCACAUGGUCAUCUAAAUGAAGCUCAUUGUCAGCAAAGGUAUUAAUGGCGUGUAACCUACGUGUGUGUAUGUGUCUGUGUGUGUGUGUGUGUGUGUGUGUGUGUGUGUGUGUGUCUGUGUUUUCCAGGGUGAAGACAGGCUGGCUGCUCAUCCUAUAUGCUCUUGUCUUUUUUUUCUUUUCUUUUUUUUACCCCCUUCUUCGUCUACUCUCCUCUCCUCCUUCCUCUCUUCUCUGAGAGUGUGAUUAGCAGGAGGACACAUGGCGAGCUGAGCUGGGGAAGGGAAGGGGCAUGAGAAAUCAUUAAUUACAGCCGCGCUGGAGCUGAUGAAGUAAAUGUUAGAUAGUGUAACACACAGGAUUUAGUGAAGUGGACGACAGCACAAGAUUAAUGGUGGGGCCAGGCUGAUGAGGAUGAAGUCACAGCUUAGCUUGAUAAUUAGUUUCCAAGUGGAAACAUCCCUCACCAUUGUGUUAUUUUUAUUUCUGUCCUCUUAUUAUUAUCACACAUUGAUAUCUGCAAAACAUGAGAGGGGGGUAAAUAUAGUCAGUGAUAUUUUCGCAAACAUGCUGGGCAGCAGAGGUGUUUUGUUGUAGGAAGUGAUGUGAUUAUUGUAUUUUUUCUUUGUCUUGCUAUUUUUUGCUUGAUUUACUCUGUCAGUUUUACAGUCUAAGUGCAAUGUCCAAUAAGUUCUCUGUAUUAAAGGUUUCUGUUUCC